AUGGGCCUGAGGAAGACAAUCGGACCAGGCCUGAACACGAAAGCCUGGAGCAAACCCUGGGUUCCAGAUAUCAGAGCUCGACCGCCAAGAGCAGCACCCCAAGUUGGAUAUCCAGAUCCGGGGGCCCUCGUCUAUCAUUUUAUUCAUCACGAUACAAAGCAAUGGAAUGUCCCAUUACUGAAUCAGUUCUUCCAACCUGAGGAUGUAGCCCUCAUACUUGGGUUGAGACCUAGCAGAAACCGAACUCUAGACGGCUACGCAUGGAAUCACUCCAAAUCAGGGCUAUACACUGUUAAAUCAGGGUAUGAUCUGAUUAGAGGAAUAAAGCUGGAUAACACUACUAGCGAAAUGAGAGAGCCAAGUAUCACGGCACUUCUUAGCCAAGUUUGGGAGAGUCAGCACGCCCGGAAAAAUGAGACACUUUAUGUGAAAGCAAGGAACAACAAGAUCUUCAAUGGGAAAGAAAUUUCCCCGGAAGAUACCUUGCUUCACGCAAGAGUUGAAGCAGAUUGUUGGAGGACCGCAAACCAACCAGAAGACGAUGGUGUUGAAGUUGGUGGCUCCCCAGGAGCUCCCCCGACACCGAUUUCUACAUCCGAAAAUCGGCGGAUUCCGAUAUGCCGGAUCGAUGCGUCUUGGAUAGACCACGGACCGGUUAGUGGACUCGGGUGGACACUGGUGGAUGGUGGAGGUACAGAACUGGUCGGUCAGCAGGGAUGUCGUAGAAGUCUCUCAGCACUUCAUGCUGAGAUGGAUUGCCUCAUAUGGGCUAUGACUGUUUUGAGAGAUAGGCAGAUCUCCUCGAUUCACAUUAAGACAGACUGUUUAGACCUCGUAACCAUGUCUGAGACUCCGGAAGAUUGGCCUUUGUUUGUGUCUGAGCUGAACAGCUUGGAUAUCCUCCGCAAGAGCUUCUUGGAAUUUCGGCUUUCUCAUAUCCUUAGGAAUUAA